AUGGUUUACAAGAAACAAAGAAAAUCAGUGAAAUUCGCUUCAAAUAUUCCUCAACAAUAUGAUCAUGCCAUUAUUAUUGGAGGUAGUAUUGGAGGAAUCGUGACUGCUGCUUACAUAUCAAAAUAUUUCAAACGAAUAACAAUUAUCGAAUCAGAUGAUGUAUUAAGUGAUACAUUUAUGAAAUCUUCACCCGAUGAAAUAUUAGAUUACCGUUGUCGUCUUGAAAGCCCAACAUCAUUAGGACGUACAGGUGUUAGUCAAAUAUAUCAAGGUCAUAUACUUGAGAGUGAAGGAAGUAAAAUUCUAUUUGAAUUAUUUCCUCAACUAAAAGAAAAGUUAUUAACUGAAUAUGAUGCUUGUAUUCAUUCAAUAAAAACCGAAUCAAGAUUCUCUGCCAGUGGUAUACUAUUAAAUAAAAAUUUAACCGAAGAUUUUCAUUGGUUGGGUGUUGAUCGUUUUACAUUAGAAAUAGUGUUGAGAAAAGAAUUGUGUUUACAAUUUGGAAAUAAACUUGAAUGGAAAUGUAAUACAAGAGUAACACAACUAAUUGUUGAUCAAUCCUUAAUUAUUGUUAAAGGUAUAAAAUAUCGAAUUAAACACGAUGUUCGUUCGCCGUUAUUUUGUAUGUAUGGUGAUUUUAUUAUUGAUUGUACUGGUCGCAAUACAUCAUCAACCAAAUGGUUAAAAGAAAGUCUCAAUUUAAUCGUACCAACUGUACAAAUACAUUUUGGUUUUGGCUGUGUUACAUUUAUUGGUGAAAGAUUUAGAACUGGAGAUCCGUUGCUGGAUCUAAUGCCUAUUGUUGGUUGUACCGUUAAUGCUCCUAAUAGAAAUACCGGAUGUUAUAUAACUCCGAUACGUACUAUAAGAACAAUGGAUAAAAAUUCAUUAGGGACAUUAUCAGUAAUUGCGAUUUAUUGUAUUAAUUCAGAAUAUCCACCAAAUGAUUCGUAUGAAAAUUUAUUAGAAUGGGCAGAAGAACAUUUGGAUCCCGAAUAUUAUUUGAUAUUAAAAUCAACAAAAGUAUGUAGUCCGUUAGUUCCAUAUAGAAAUGCGAUAGAUGAUCGAAAGUAUGUCGAAUUAUUAGGUAAACAAUGGCCUCAAAAUUAUAUAUUGUUAGGUGAUGCAAUGUGUACAUUUAAUCCGCAAUAUGGACAAGGUAUGACACAUGCGUGUAGACAUGCAAGAGAAUUGGCAAAAAUAUUUGAUAAGAAUUGUCAUAAGUUAAAAGAUAUUUCUCAUAUUUUCAAUCGUCGUGCUUCAGCAAUUAGUGAAGAAUGUUGGCUUCUUUCGACUGCAAACGAUUGGAAAACACCGACAUUAAAAGUGACAAAAACUGACAAAAAUGGUCAAAUUAAAAUUUAUCAACGACGUGAUGAAUUUGUUCAAAGCAAGACUUGUCAACUGUGCGUACCUUUAAGGAUUCAGCUUAUACAAUGGUAUACUCCUUGGCUUCUUCAAUGUGCAUCCAAAUCUGGACAAGUGUCUACGGACCUUUUACGUGUUGUGAAUCAACACACUCAUCCAUUUACACUACUGAAACCAACAACAUUCUUAACAGUCUGCUACAAUGUAUUAAUGAGUUAUUUUAAUUUAUCUAAAAGAUUAUCUGCUUAA